ACCACCCGGGCCAACGGCAACAGGAAUCCUCUACGGCUACCUCGGCUGAUAUGUCCAAACUGGUUCAAGCACCGUGACCACCGGCCGCGCUCUCUCAGCCUACCAAGCCACCUACANNACAGCCAGAGUAAACAGCCGCUGCAGCAGCACCUGCCUCUCCCAAAACUACGUCUAUUUCGGAACGGUGAAUCAAGGAACUGCAUCCGCGGAUUGUUGGUGUGGAAAUUCAAUUGCAUAUGUUACUAUCCAGAGUGGCUUGCUGAGUGGAACGACUGGCGAAGCUGGGGAGUGUAUCGGGAGGAGUACCUGGUGCUUGCGGCAAUUCGUCAGUUAGCACGAUUGCCAUAUUCGCUCGCUCCUUCUGAGGACGUUGCGAAGGGACGAAAGAGAUGGUAG